CACGUCAUAGUCGGUAUAAAAUACCAAUUUUAAAUAAUUCGUUCUAAUAUUCUCUAUGGAGCAAUAUGCGAACAGACAUUCUACGGUCGAGUUUGACCCUAUGUGUGAUAAGGAGAAUCCGCAGAAGAUAUCCUUUGAGGAUGUAUCCGCUGCGUCCUUUCGGAUACAAAGUGGGAUCACAAAGACGCCGUGCGUGAAAUCUCAUAUGUCAUCCAAAUAUGGUAUGGAUAUUUAUCUCAAGAACGACUUUCUUCAGCACACUGGCAGCUUUAAAGAUAGAGGUGCUCGUAAUGCGUUGCUCCUGCUAUCUCCAGAGAAUAAGGUGCGCGGUGUAAUAUCAGCCUCACUUGGAAACCACUCCCAGGCGCUCAGCUACCACGCAAACCAGCUUAACAUUCCCGUGUCAGUGGUGAUGCCAAAUGUAGCACCAAUUAUGAAGAUACAGAACUGCCGCUCCUACGGCGCCAAUGUUAUCAUUCACGGCCAUAACAUGAAAGAAGCAAAGUUUCAUGCCAUGUCCAUGGCUAAGGAAAAGGGACUCACAUAUAUCAAUGGAUAUGAUCACCCCCAUAUCAUGGCUGGUCAGGGCACAGUAGGGCUGGAGAUCUUGGAACAAGUGCCAGACGUGGACGCAGUGCUGGUGCCAGUCGGCGGCGGUGGUCUGGUAGCUGGAGUGGCCACUGCCAUUAAACACCUUCAGCCGCAUGUUCUUAUCUACGGGGUUGAAACAGAGAAAUGUCCAAGCAUGAAGAUGGCUAUAAAGAACGAAGAACCAUUCAGCGUGGACAUACGCUCAACGCUAGCCGACGGCCUCGCCGUACCAACUGUCGGCUACAACGCUUUUCGCACCGUCAAAACGUUGAUUGAUCAAAUGAUUACAGUAAAUGAGGAUUGGAUCGCACGGGCUAUACUCCACCUUGUGGAACAAGAAAAGUAUGUAGUGGAGGGUGGGGGCGCCGUUGGAGUGGCAGCCAUCUUGGCUGGCCUAGUGCCUGAACUUGCUGGUAAAAAGGUGGUCUGCAUUCUAUCUGGUGGUAACAUUGACACAACGAUUCUGGGCCGUUGUUUAGAGCGCGGUCUCGCCGCAGAACAGAGGCUAGUUAAGUUCAAAGUGACAGUCAGCGACCGGCCCGGCGGUAUCGCAGAGCUUUGCAAACUCAUUGCAAGCAUCGGCGUAUCUAUCAAAGAUAUAAUGCAGGAGCGCGCAUGGGUCUAUGGUGACAUUUUCAGUGUUCGUGUUAAAGUGGUAUGUGAGACACGAGGGCCCGAACACUUAGAGCAACUUCAUGACAUUAUCACGAGCACGUACAAGGAAUGGUACUUCGCUCGUGAGUGUGAUGAAAGUGACCGCAGACCGAGCACAUAUUCUAUUGACGACGUUUCGCAUUAAUAUAUUAAAAAAACGGGAUUUAUAUAAACAUAGAUUUGGAGUCAUUUACACAGUCUUUAUUAUUACCUGUACUAUACUAUCAUAUACUUUAUUAGGUAUUUUAGUUAAACCUGGGUUUAUGUUAAAGCCUACUCAUUAUUUUUUUAACAUAAAUUUACGCCUAUUUUCACUAUUAU